CGCCUAAAUACUCCUCGGUCUCUUGUCGUGGUAGCUAUAGUAGGAGAGAUAGCGGGCUACGUCUAGAGCGGUACUAACUGUGUCCUCUGACGAGACGAUGGACAAGGAAAACCACCAGAAAGGCUCCGAACCGGUGCCGACCUCCCUUUCCGACAACGUCUCGAUGGAUACAUCCACCGACGCCAUAUCCUACCAGUGGCUGGGGGAAGGUGUUCCCGAUCCCAACGAUCCCACACGCUGUGUUUACGAACAGAUCCAGUUGGGAAGCCCGGGUGCGACGGAUACCUUUGUGGUACGCGUCGGCGACUGCGUGCUCUUGCUGACGGAACCACACCAACCGGAUUGGCCGUGUCGAGUGGAACGACUCUGGGAAGAUCCGGGAGGCGACAUCAUGUUCGCAGCACGGUGGUUCUGGCUCCAGAGCGAACUCGCGGGCUUGAACUAUCCCUGGAAAGGGGAUUUUACCAGAGGACAGCUUUUGAAAACUCUCAAACCAAUGGAGGUUGUGUUCUCCCACAAAAGUGAAUGCGACGACACUCCGAUCUCCUCCAUUCUAAAACCUUGUAAAGUCACGUUUACGGAUGCCGUGCCACCUUCUACGAGUCAAGUCAAUCAUUUCUACUGUCGAUAUUUGCUGACUCUCCAUACUGACAGUGUCAGCGUCGCACAAUACUCCGAGGCCGCAGACGCAACCAAGAAAGAUUCGGCACCACGCCAAUGUUCAUCUCAACCUUCCAACAGUACAUCCGCCACGCACAAAAACACGCACAAGGUUUACGAGAAUGAUGAAGACGGCAACGCUAGUCUGUCCAGCGAUUCCGAAUCUGAGCUGGAGGACACCGAAGCCAUGCAACAGGUCGUCGCUGAGGGCGAAGGGAGUAUCCUCCGAGGAGACAUUCUCGUUGGAAAGAAACACCAAGCUCCCAUUCCACCAUACAAUCCUGACCAACCCAUCCGGAAUCGCGGGGCUCUGUUGGUCUGGAAAAAGCAAGCAAUGAAGGACGAAACGCUAUUCGCGUUUUUGAAUCAAGUAGCCAAAUUUCACAACGAGUUCCUGGAAACCAAUGGACUAGUCCAAGAAGAACCCUACAGCCCGCUACCCGUUGGACCCACUGAACAUUGGAUGCGGGAACUCGACGGAAAACCUUUGACGGGAUCUUUCUUGUCGACGGCUGGCAUGUUGGCUUCGUCGGCCGAAACCAUUUCCGUUCCCAACUCGAACGAAAUCAGUCGUGUCCCCAAAGGCAAGAGCAAUCUUUUGAAGGAAUGUGACGCCGACGUUCUGUUGGAAAUACUGCAUGCGCACAACUACGAUACCGCUGCGGCACUGACAACAGCCCAGGAAAACUUGGAACGAUUGUCAACUGGCUGGACACGGACGGAAAAGGAAAUGUACGACGACGGCUUUCGUCGACAUCAGACGGCGUUGCGACAUAUAGCCAAGUCGAUCGCGACCAAAUCCGUCAAGCAGGUCAUUGAUUACCAUUUUAGAUUCAAGAUCCCCGAUCAAUUCCGAAAGUAUCAAGAGAAAAAGCGCGAGCAGGCCGUGCGCAUGGUGGAGUGUAUUGAGAAACGCCGAUACCAUGAUUUUGCGAUUGGCAAUACAAAUCAUGCUACCGCAAAACGCCAGAAAAAGGGCCACUGGAGCGACACGCCGGUCCUUGAUGUGGCACAAACUUUGGAGUUACGUCGCCAGCAGGCCAAGCAGCUUCUCCUGGAUGUGCGAGCAAAACUGGGGGCAGAUUGCAUGUCGGAGGUAGCCGGGAAAAUUCGGCAACUCCACGAGUCCUACGACCCAAACACGAAGGAUGCACUCUUCCGACUCUUGCGCGGAGAACCUUCCUUACAGAAGCAAUUUCUUGGUUUUCUACCCAAAUAA